AUGGCGCCCAAGCGCAAGAGCACCGACAAAACUGCAGCACCUGAACCGGCUGCAAAGAAGGGCAAAGCGAAGUCAGGGACGCUGGCGGUUGGCGAUACUGUGCCAUCAUCCCUGUUGCUGCGCGAAGACGACACAGAGGUUCAGCUGCUGGAUCUGGUGAAGGACAAAGGCAUCGUCGUCUUUAUGUACCCGCGUGCCAACACGGGCGGGUGCACCAAGCAGGCAUGCGGGUUCCGGGACAGGGUUGAAGAGUUCACUGCUGCGGGAUUUGAUGUCUACGGCAUGAGUUUCGAUAAACCAAAGUCGCAGCUGCUCAAGGCGUUUGGAGCUCUCAAGGCCGCCAAGUCCAUUCUGCGCAGCCAUGUGGUCAUCGCCAAGGGUGGCAAGCUGCUGGACAUCAAGAACGGCAUCAGCCCAGGGGACAGCUAUGCCGAGGCCGCCGACUUCUGCGCCAAGCACAAGCAGAAGUGA